AUGCGCAACUUUGCUCGUGUCGUGGUUGCGGCGGCGGCGUGGGCCGGCUCGACCGCGGCCGAGGAGUACCGCGCUCUCGUUUACCGCGGGCCGGCCGUGUGCCAGAACUGUCCCGGGGCUCUGGCACAGCUUCUGGAAUCGUCGCCCCAGAAGUUUACAGUCACCUAUGCUGGUCCCGGCGACGACGUCAAGGUCACGGCCGAGAGCUUGCGCGACGUGCAUGUGUUUGCGUACGGAGGCGGGCCAGACCUGGACGGCGCCUGGGCGGAAAUCAAAGACGCGGCCCCCGCCAUCCGCGACUUCGUCUCCCGGGGCGGCCGCUACAUGGGCGUCUGCCUCGGGGCCUUCCUCGCCGGCUUCUCGCCGGGCCUCGGGCUCCUCCCGGCCGGCGCCGACGUCGACCGCGAAAUCACCCAGCGCCACGCCCAGGUGACCGACGACCGAGACACCCUCAUCCAGGUCGACUGGACGUGGGCCGCCAGCGCGGGCGGCCACACCAGGGGCCAGACCCUCAGGGACCGCUGGGCCUACUUCCAGGACGGCGUCGUCGUCAAGGGCCUCCCCCCCGGGGCCGGCGACUCCGUCCUCGCGCGCUAUGCCCAGUCCGGCAACGUCGCUGCUUCGCGGACGCCCCACGGCCGCGGAUGGGUCGUCCUCGUCGGCAUCCAUCCGGAAGCAACCUCCCUGUGGUACAAUCGGUACAACUUGACCAACCCUGAUGGCAUCCAGUUCGAUAUCGGAUACGACCUUGUCAGUGCCGCUUUGGGGUCUGCCGACGGAACGCCCGGGAACCAGACCCAGGAGAGCGGGGCGAGCAGAGGGGGACGCGGCGUGCCGCUGAACCCGUUGGGCUUGGUCGUUCAGACGGUUGAGAAACUCUUUUUGGGCCGCCAAAAGUACGCCUCAAAGAGUACGAGCCAAGGUGCGAGCCAAUAUCAACCAGACAGUUUCAUGACAGCAGUAGCAGCACGCAAGACGAGCAAAAGACAUGGCAAUUGGUGUCAAUUCCUAUACCCAGAAAAUCCCCAAUCAACGCAACCGCAGAGAGCAGGUCGGUCAGAUACACCCAUGCCUAAAAGCUAUAUCAAUAGACGCCAGAAGAUGAACAAGCCCCACGCUACUCCAACAACCAGCCAAGACAAGGAUGACAUGACACACGCAGCAUCUCAAGAGAUUUGCGAGCAUGAAGUGGGGUACUUGAGAUAG